CAAACAAAAAAAAAACUCUCUCUAUUGUCUCUCUCUUUAUCUCUCUCUCUCUCUCUCUCUCUCUUUGUUGUGUGAGCUCAGAUCUGACCAGAGAAAGAAAACAAUCGGAGAAGAAGAAGAAGAAAGAAAGAUGACAGACCGAGUCUUCCCAGCUUCCAAACCACCAACAACCGCCACUAACGGAGUUCCACCACUUGGUUCCAUCCCACCCCCACCAGCUCCCGCCGCCGUUACAACAACCAACGGAACAGCUAACCAAAAACCUCAAGUCUAUAUCCCAGCUAACCGUCCGGUUUACCGUCCUCAGCCUUACAGCCGCCGUCACCACCACCAAUCUCGACCAACCUGCCGAAGAAUUUGCUGCUGCUGCUGUUUCUGGUCCAUUCUCAUAAUUCUCAUCUUAGCUCUCAUGACAGCGAUCGCCGCCACCGCCAUGUACGUGAUCUACCAUCCUCGUCCCCCUUCCUUCUCCGUUCCUUCGCUUCGUAUCGGACGCGUUAACCUAACCACAUCCUCCGAUUCCUCCGUCUCGCAUCUCUCUUCCUUCUUCAACUUCACUCUGCUCUCGGAGAAUCCAAACCAACACCUCACUUUCUCGUACGAUCCUUUCGUCGUCACCGUCGUGUCGGCCAAAUCCGGUACGGCUCUCGGGAAUGGAACAGUGCCGGCGUUUUUUAGCGACAACGGGAACAAGACAUCGUUCCACGGAGUGAUCGCUACGUCAACAACGGCGCGUGAGCUAGAUCCGGACGAGGCGAAGCAUCUGAGAUCAGAUCUGACGCGCGCGCGUGUGGGAUACGAGAUCCAGAUGAGGACUAAAGUGAAGAUGAUAAUGGGGAAGCUGAAGAGUGAAGGAGUAGAGAUCAAAGUGAGCUGUGAAGGUUUUGAAGGAAGUGUACCAAAAGGGAAAACACCUGUUAUAGCAACUUCUAAAAAAACUAAGUGUAAGUCUGAUCUUAGUGUCAAGGUCUGGAAAUGGAGUUUUUAGAAAAUUUUUCUCUAUUGAAAUUUUUCUAUUUUUCUAUUUUUAUGGAUUUGUUAAACUUUUGGGAAUGAUCCAAAAGAAGAUUUCUUCAGUUUGUUAGUUAAACACACACAAAAAAAUUCAGAGAAGUCAGAGAGAGAGAGAGAGAGAGAGAGAUAAGAUAUUGUCAAGUAGAAGAAGACCACAGAGAAUUCACGGCUUCUAAGAUUUUUAUUUAUAAUUUUUGUUUGUUUGUUUGGAACUUUCUUGUUUUGAGUUUUAUGUCUUUUUAAUCGAUACAAAAAAAUAGUAUAAAUGUAAUACUAUAAGGGAAUGAAGAGUACUAAAAAGCUGGAGAUUGCAGCAGUGAGUUGUUA